AUGGUUGAAGCAGGAUCAGACAUUUCAUUCGAUUCACGAAAUCAAAUUUCAAAUACAAAAGAUGCUCCGCCGCCACCGUUAGGUUUUCCAGAUUAUCUUCCAUAUUUCAAGCGUUAUAUUGAUUCAAAAUGGUGUUAUCAUUCGAGUGCUGUUGCAACAGCAACAAUUAUCGAUGUUCAAGACAAAUUUGCAUUUCAAAUUGAUAUAUGGAGUUUAAUUGAACAACGAUGGUUAGAUUGGGAUGAAAAUCCCUAUCGAGGCGAAGAAACUCCGAACGAACCUGUCGGUGAUAUUUGGAGUUUCCACUUUAAUGUACCUAUAACAAUAAUAGAAGGAAAACGUACAGAUUAUAUAAACUUAUAUCAUACUCAAGACAAAACUAUAUGUCUAUCAUGCGAUGGGGCUGGUAUAAGAACUUGUUCAUCAUGUGAUGGCGCAGGGCAUAUCGACUGCAAUGUCUGCAAACGCUCAGGAACACAAGCAAACGGAGAGAAAUGUUCAAACUGUGAUGGUAGAGGCAUUACACAAUGUUCUAGUUGUGGUACAACGGGAAAACAAAAUUGUUCUCGAUGUGAUACAGUAGGUUGGCUAUUGAGAUGGGCUGUAAUACGCGUUAAGUGGUUUACAAUACACAGUGUGUUAUAUGAACAAAAUUCAACAUUGCCCGAGAAGCGAAUACGAAAGGCUCCAAAAACUGAUUUUUGCACACGAGACAUACCAUGGUCAACAGAUUACACACUUGAUAAUUACUCAGACCUGUUUAAAUAUAUACAGCAAUACUCACCGAUUCAGUUUCAAAAUCAUAUAACAGAAGAAUAUCAGAAAAAACAUUUAUCAAAAGCAGACAGAAGUGAUCGAAAAAUGGUUAAAUUAUCAUGUUCAAUUUCACAAAUACCAGUGAAAGAAAUUUUAUAUACAACAGGCAAUCAUAUUAAUAAAGCAGAUCCAAAAAAAGGUUAUAUAUUCCAAUAUUGUCAAUAUGGAAUUGAUAAAGAUGGUUUUCCAUUAAUUUAUGAAAAAGAUUAUCCACUUAACUGUUGCGGAUGUUUUGGCGAAAGAUGUGCAUGUCAAUGCCGUUGCGCAAUAUUGUAG